AUGUCGAUACAACCAGACGCGCGCGACCGCGCAGAUCCAGACGAUUUCAAAGGCUACCUCGACUUCGAUGGCAAAGAAGGGCAAGGCCUUUACUCCUACUGGAAUCUUGACACCAUCGAACACACCUUUGCUAUCUUCCGCAAUUUCAAAACCGCAGAUGGAAAAGUCGCACACGCUCCUAUCACUAUACCCAACCAGGAUCAAGCCGACCAGCUAUACAGGAAACUCAAAUCCAUCAUCGUCGAUGCGUGCAAGAAUCAGAAGUUCCGCGGCGGUGCGUUUGCUGAGAAGGUAAAGGAAACUUCAGCACUCAACGAUAUCAUUCAGUUCAUAUUUUGGUCCCCCGUCAUGACAAAGGAACAUCGAUACUUCUUCAGGCAGAGUAUCUUGGCAAUUUUUACACAAACAGUAUCGAGGCUCAAGGAUACGGUUAUGUUGGGGCGAGACGGAUUUGAUGAUGAAUAUCUCAAGGAUUAUGAUGAUACACUGAACGAGAUUAAGGAGUUCUUCCAGAAGGAGAAGGAUAACCCGACGCCCAUUCCGACCGAUAUAUCAGUGAAAUGGUUGGAGGAGUUCGGGGAGAAUUUCACAAGGGACUACAAGCUUGCACUAGACUUGAAUGAGAAGGGUGAGGAUGGUGCGCCAUUUGCUACUGCUGUUCCUAUUAGGGAUGAAAAUGGGUUGACAAUUAAAGGUUGGGAUGUCGAUAUCAGAGAAUUGUACCCCGUUCGAUUUGACCCCAGAAAGAGAGCCAGCUACUUGAGCACAAAUAACAGCAUCAAUAUGGGCGCCCCGUCUGGAUUUGAUGGCAAUAAAUUAGGGUGGCAAACUACAAGCAAGCCAAGAGCGCCUUCUUUUAUCAGCAAGCCAGUGAAGUUUGGCCCGAAGUUUCCCGACGUUAAUAAUACCCCGAGCCUACACCCCCCAAGUCCGGAAGUAGAAAAUGGCAUCGGGUGGCAAUCUGUGUUGGGUGAUGGUCCUGAGGACUGUGAGACUUACAACAAGGGUGGAAAGCAGAACAGAUUUGGAGGAAAGGAGAAUCUGCGCAAGAUGUUCGGGAAGUAA